UAUAAAUCUUUCACUCCCCCUUCCACUCUCAAUAUCCACAAAUCAAAAUUCCAAUUGCUCUCUAAUCUCUAUUCUCAAAAAACCUGUUAAUUUUUUAGUGACAAUUAUUACUAACAAUUAAUGGCGAGUUUUGAUGAAGUUACAUCAGCACUUGAUUUCAUCAGACAACACCUUCUCGACGAAUUCGAAACAUCUACUACUGAUCACCAUGGCUUAAUUUCUCAGACAUCAAUUACAGAAUCAGAUAUAUCAGUUUCUGAUUAUCUGGAUUCUUCUGCAGAAGAAGAAACCACUUGUGAUUAUUUCCCAUUUCAACUUCCUAGGCCACAAUUAUCAGUGGACACUACUAGAACAACUAAAAACACCCAUAUAGAGGCAACAAAAUGCCCAGAUGAGGUUAGCAAGGUACAUUACAGGGGAGUUCGAAGAAGGCCGUGGGGAAAGUAUGCGGCCGAGAUUAGAGACCCAAAACGUAAUGGGGCUAGAGUUUGGUUAGGAACCUACAAUACUGGCAUUGAGGCUGCAAGAGCUUACGAUAGAGCUGCAUUUGAAAUGCGCGGUAGCAAAGCCAUUCUCAAUUUUCCUUUAGAGAUUGAUAAUUCUGCCGCAGGAACUACUAACUGCGAAACUGCAAUGGUUUCUAGUAGCUCCAAGAAAAGGAGGAGUAGGGAUGUAAGUGAGCUUAAUGUAGUGGUAAAGAAGGAACGGAUAAUGGAGACGACUUGCGUACCAUUGACACCGGCAAGUUGGAUGUCGACUACGGUGUUUGAUUUCCCUCCGUUGUCCCCGUUUUCUCAGUUAAUGGUGAUUAAACUUCUUAAAUGGUUAGCAAAGGUUUUGGAAACACCUAAAUCAAACCGGAAUAAGAAAAGAAGAAAUAAGGGUGGUAAAAGAUUCGUGGGUAUGGAAAACCCAGAAGUAAAAUACAGAGGAGUACGGCGGCGGCCAUGGGGAAAAUACGCGGCAGAGAUUCGUGAUCCAAAAAUCGGUGCGAGAGUUUGGUUAGGUUCAUUUGAUACAGCAAUUGAUGCCGCUAGAGCUUAUGAUAAAGCUGCAUUUGAGAUACGUGGCCGUAAAGCUAGUCUUAAUUUCCCUUUACAAAUUGGCCUUCUUGUUCAACCACCACCAUCACCACCACCACCACCACCACCACCACCUGCCGCCGUUAUCUCUAUUACUCCUGCUCGAAAAAGAAAGUUAUCUGACGACGGAAAUGUAACGCCAACAACAGCUGCUAAUAAACAAGAUAACGGAGAUCAAUGUGACGCCGUUAACUUUGAUGAUGGUUUGGGGUUGAUUCCUAUCUCAGUGGCACGUGGUUGUGGGCAUUUGCUAUCUCCCAUCCAACUCUCACCGAAAGUGAGAUUGAGUAAAAGUAAUGCAAAGAAAGAAACUUUUAACUGGACAAGUCGAUUUGUUCUGGUUUUGUGUGAUAUCUUAAAGAAACAUCUUAUGAUGAAUGGCCGAAGUUCUCCUUUUAAAUGGGUUGAUCUUCAGUUAGAGUUCGAAACAAUUGUUAACCACAAACUGAGUAGUGAAAAUGCUUUAAAGAACAAGUAUGAUGCAAUGAGAAGAGAUUACAAUCUUUGGACAUCAUUGAAGAAUUGGGAACCUGGUCAUGGUUGGAAUGAAAGUGCAUGCAAACUGGAUUGUUCAGAUGAUUGGUGGGAUAAAAAGAUCAGGGAAAAUUCUAAUGUUAAAAGAUUUAGGAAAAAACAGCCUUCUAAACAACUGCAAGAAGCAUGGGAUCACUUAUUUGGUGAUGAAGUAGCCGAUGGGGUAGACUGUGUGGUGGCGUUUAUGGAUCCAAAUACAUCAAAUGAGAUGCAUCAUGUGAAUAUUGACGAUGAGGUUGGGGAUAUAAGGAAUGAUGAUAAUGCAGUUACUUUUUCACAAUAUACUAAAAGCUCUUAUCCUUUGGAAAACAUUACGACUCAAAAGAACACUCCCGCUUCAAGUUUCAGAAAUGAGGUGAGACAAGAAGAUUUAACAUCACCAAACCAAAGUGGAGAUUCAAAACGAUCUAAAAAGAGUCCCAAAAUGGUUACAACACUUGAAAUUGUUGAGCCGAAAAGUCAAAGGCGAGAAUCUGGUGGAAAGGAGUUCAUGACCCAACAAAAUGCAACUCAACAACGUGUUUCUGACAUAGUAGAGUCAGAUACUUCUAGUAUUAAUCAGGUUGGUAAUUAUAGUAUCAAAUCAGCUAUAGGUGUGAUUAACCGUAUGGUGGACGAAGGAUUGAUGACAACAGGUAGUGAGUUGUGGUGUUUUGGUAUUAGUUUAUUUGAAGAUGCUAUUAAAAGAGAAUUAUUCUUGAGCCUGCCGGAUGAUGCUGGUAGGCUGGCUUGGCUGCAGUAUAAGCAGAAUCUUCACUAGUAAAGUAUGUUUUUUCAGAUUUCCGUUUAAGGUUGGAUAUUUUCGGAUUCAUAUAUUUGGAUGCCUUUCGUAGUUUGAUGUCUUUGUAAUUUAGUUGUAUUUCGUGUAUUAGUCGAUAAUAAUUCAUGCUGUCGUAUUUGGACUUUUA